AAGAGAGGGAGUUUCGCUGUGGAACCAUCUGCAAUGACGUCAUCCGGGUUAUGGCGGCGCCCAUGGGUGCAACACACAGAAUGGAGGAGCCAAGCACCGUACACAUUACAGUAAAGCUUGGAAUCAAUCGAGUGCUCCCUGUCACUGUACCAUGCAACUGGAAUGUAGGUCAGCUAAAGGAAUUACUACACGAACAGUUGGAUCUUGAUCAACCUAAAAGUUUGCCUUUGUCGCAAAUUAAAAUUCUUUUUGCUGGCCGGGAACUAUCAGAUGAGUUUAUUUUCAAGGACAGCGACUUCGGGCAACAUACCGUGGUCAAUGCAGUUUAUAGACCCAUAACUCAGAACAUCAUGUCUACUGUGGAAGAACCACACUGGUUGCUCACGUCCUCAGAAGAUCGUUAUAGCUCAUUAGUCAGCUCCAGUACAGCUGCAGGGCAAUCAGACCAUGGAGCACGAAAGUUGUUUUAUGUGUACUGUAAAGAGCCGUCUUGUCGUCGCAUCCAGCCAGGCAAACUGAGAGUGCGAUGUCGGACCUGUGGUGAGGCAACGUUAAGCAUUUCUAAGGAGCCAAAUUGCUGGGAUGAUGUUUUGACACCUGGCAGAAUAGCGGGCAUUUGCCACCGGGAAGGGUGUGACGGCACAGUGGCUGAAUUUUACUUCAAAUGCAGUGUGCACGCGUCCGUGAAUGAAAGAGAGUCGAUGGUCGUUCUUCCUCUCAUUCGACCCAACACACUGAAUAUUCCAUGUCUAGCAUGUACUGAUACCAGGGACGUGGUUAUUGUGUUUCCGUGUGACGACGGCCAUGUUAUGUGUCUGGACUGCUUCCGGGAGUACUGCUUCACAAUGUUGAAUGACAAGCUGUUCAUUCAUCAUCCUAUAUAUGGCUUCACGCUUCCUUGUCCAGUAAAGUGUCCGGAAUCGUACAUCAGGGAAACACACCAUUUCAGAAUUCUGGGAGAGGAGCAGUAUGAGAGAUACCAAAGGUUCGCUACAGAAGGCCUGCUAUUGAGUGAUGGGGGCGUUUUGUGUCCAAGUCCUGGUUGUGGAGAGGGCUUUUUACCUGACACUUAUGUCAAGAACAUCACUUGCCUAACCUGUGGGUUUCAGUUUUGCCGAAACUGCAACGAGAAGUAUCACAUAGGAGCAUGUAACCAGCUGGAUGCAGAAACCGGUAGCACAGGAUACGGGAUUAGUGGUGAGAAUGCACAGAGAGCAUGCUGGGAAGCAGCAUCCCGCAAGCUUAUACGUCAGACUACGAAACCAUGUCCAAAAUGCUCCACGCCUGUGGAGAGGGAUGGUGGGUGCAUGCACAUUUUGUGCACCAGAUGUCAGCACGAGUGGUGUUGGCUCUGCCAUGCACCAUGGAUAAGAAACUGCCAGGCUGAUCACUGGUUUGGUUGAGGAGGUUUGCAGAAGCACCUGGAAGCCAAUAAUAUUAUUAGCGGGUGAUAGGAUUCAGUUUGUAAAAUAGCACGGAAUCAGUGCGCUAGUAUAGGCCAGGUCACAAUCCCUCAAUGCCAAGGAUAGCUGUAAACGCAUUAUGGAUGCAAGCUAUAGUGUAGAUUUAUAUCUACAUUUAGCUAAACCUAAUCGGCUGUGUAUAUAUAUCCAACGUUCUAUUGUAUAUGUGAAAACAUACGUCUACAUCAUGUUUUCUGGCAAGACUUCAAUGGGAUUGGAUAAUCUCAACACGUAGUGAUAUGCGUGAUUAUAGUUGAAAUGCACAAAUCACUCGUUGCUCAAUUCUGUGAUAAAUGUUAGAAUAUUAUAGCCAUUUGGAAAUAUAUAGCAAUAGUAGAACAUUUGUAAAGUUGCUGCUUGGUAGUGAGGUCCUGGUGUAGUGUAAAUUAUUAUAGCUAUCUAUUUUGUGUAUUAAAUAGUUGCAAGGAAAUGUGCCUAGAUUAUGAUCCAAGUAACACCAUAACUACGAUCAUGUAAUGUUUACUAGAAACAGAUUUUUAGCGAGUGGUCGUGCAUAAAGUUAUAAAGUUCACCCAUGCUAUAUGGUUGUAAUUACUAUUUGUUUAGCUAUUUAUGUAAAACCCCAAUUAUGUCAAAUGCAGGGUACUUCAACGCCAAGAGAAUGAUAAAUAACAAUUAUUGUAGUGACCAGUACAUUUAGUAUCGAUAACUUUAAAGAAAUCGCAAAUAAUGUUUUAUUAUUAUAUAUUAUGUAUGCUUGUACAAAAUAAUAUUUUCAAUAAAAAUGGUAAUAGGCA